AUGGGAAACUGCAUGGAGACAUGCGCACAGAAUCAGCAAGAAGAGGAUCAAAUGCAGCAGAUGCAGAAGCAGAAAGGAGAUGAGAUUAGGUUUGGGAAGGAAGGCAUCAAUUCGGGGGAAGAUGGAAAAUUGAGGGUAAAGAUUGUGCUGACAAAAGAAGAGCUACAGAUGUUGAUGCUUCAGCUGCAAGACAAAGGAGGGAAGAAGAGCUUAGAAGAAGUUCUGGAGGAGAUCCAGAAAGGCAGAGGUAAGUUAGUACUAGUUGAAGAAGCUUGGAAGCCUUCUUUGGACAGUAUCAUGGAAUGCCCUGAACUAUUUGAAGAUAUGGAUAGAUAG